AAAAAACUCCGCAAGGACUGAACAAACAUCGAACAGAAAUCCAUCCAACGAAUCGCCACAACCCAUUACCCACUGAUCACUAAAAUACUCUCCUAAAAUGGCGAUAAACAUUCGCUGUGCCAACACCAACGAUCUUCUGAACAUUCAGCACUGCAAUCUCCAGUGUCUGCCCGAGAACUACCAGAUGAAGUACUACCUCUACCAUGCGUUGUCGUGGCCACAGUUGAGUUACGUCGCUGAGGACGAGAAAGGUCGGAUCGUUGGCUACGUUCUAGCCAAAAUGGAGGAGGACUGCGAGGACAAUCCUCACGGUCACAUCACGAGUUUAGCUGUCAAGAGGUCGCACCGACGUUUGGGAAUUGCUCAGAAGCUCAUGAACCAGGCCUCGAGGGCUAUGGUUGAGUGCUUCGAUGCUAAUUACGUCUCUCUUCAUGUUCGACGCAGUAAUAGAGCUGCAUUGAACCUGUACACGAGUAGUUUGGGCUUCGAAGUGUCAGAGGUUGAACCCAAGUACUACGCUGAUGGCGAGGAUGCUUAUGCCAUGAAGAGGGACCUCAGCAGCUUCCACAGCGAGAAGCAGGACAGGAUCAGGGACGACGCUUGCAAGGGAAUCAAGGACUGCGCGGUGAAAAAUACUGGGGCCACUCAGCAGCACACGCAUACUGGCCGGUGCUGCGAUCACUCUUAGGAGGUUUUAAUGAAUUUGAUGGAGUGGAAGGGGUGAUUGUGUACAUGGAUUAAUGAAUUUUUAUGGUAAAUUAAGAUUUUUGGAAGGGUGAGGUGAUAAUAAAGAUCUUGUGGGAUUCAAUUGCUUUCUCUUUUUGGAA